AUGGGUGACGUAUCCUCAAAAGCUACACCAAAAUAUGGGAAUUUGAGUGAAGAGGAAGUGGAUAAAAUAAAAAAUAAACUUCAUUUAAUCAAUAAAGAAAUAAAUGAUAAAAUAAAUAUCGCAGACUUUAUAUUUGUAUUUCCAAAUAUAUUAAGACCGUAUAUAUAUUUAGUAUUAACAUCUUUUCAUGAAUUACAUAAACAAACUGACGGAAAAAAGGGAAGCCAAUCGAAUAACUAUGAAUUUAAUUACGCUUUAAACAUAUUAUUUAAUAAAAAUUUUAAAAAAAAUAAUAACGAAACCUGUUUACAAAAUAUAAUUAAUAUAUUGUCAUAUAUUCGAAAUUCGAAUAGCCAUGAUAUUAUAAAAACAUUAUUUACUAGUUUUUUAAAAACUGAUAACCAAAAAAAUAUAUUAAUAUUUGCCAAUUCUGAUAUUUCCAAUGAUAAAAAUAACUCCGAAUUAGAUAAGGAAAAGGGAAACACCAAUAUAUCAAUAAAGGAUGUUAGAACGUGUAGUGGAAUAAAUGAUAAGGUUGAUGAUGAAUUGGAAAAAAAAAUAGAUUUAAUUGAAAAUAAUUUAUCUGAAUCAAAUGGAAAUAUUAUUGAUAUAACAGAAAAAAAUGCAUUAAAAAAUCAAUACCCAGAAAAAUAUACACUACAAGAUUUAAUAUCUGUCGAAGAAGCGUUUCAUCAUUUAUUUGCAUAUAUGUAUAUUGAGCAAUUAUAUUUAUUAUCUUCUAAUAAUAUAUUAUUAAAUCUUAACAAUUGUAACAAAAAUAUAAAUAAUUUAGAAAAUAAAGAUUCCAUAAAUGAUUUGAAACAAAAUGAAUCAGACAUAUAUUCAUUACCAUACAAUAAUAAUAAAGAUGAAAACCUUUAUUUUAUAAAUGAUCCACUGAAGGCAUCACACAUAAAAUUAAAUUUUAAAAAUAUAAUUAUGGGCUUCAGAUUAUAUGUAAAUGGAGUUUGUAAUAAUAAUAAUAAUUCAAUUUUUUCAUUAGCAGUAAAAUAUAUUAAUUCAACAUUUGUAUAUAUGAGUAAUAAUUAUUCUAUGGCUACAUUUAAACAUUUUAUGGAUAGUAACGAUAUUUCAUCUAGUGAAUCUUGGAAAAAAAAUGAAACAAAUUCGAAUAAUUUGAUAGAUUUAGAUAGUAGUAUAAAACUUGAAGGUGAUUUAAAAAAUUUUGAUGAAGCAUGUAUUAAAAGUUUAGAAUUAAUACACUACCUAUAUAAAAAUAAGGGAAAAAAUGGAAGUACCAAACACGGGCAAAAUGAUGAAAAUGAAAUUAAUAAAAGCAAUAAAUAUGAAAAAUCAUCAUCAGUACUUCAAACCCAAAAUUUAACAAAAGGUUUGAAAGGUGUAUUUUUAAAUAGUAGUAGUAGAAUAUUAACAGAUGAAAUAGUAUUUGCAUUAAGGCAAUGUUCAUCAUGUUUUAUAAAUAAUGAAUGGUAUAAAUUGUAUGCCUCAUGGAAAGAAGGAACAAGUUUUAAUAGAUUUAUAAAUUCGUUUUUUUAUUAUCCUUCACCUAUAAUUAUUGUAUUAAAAACAAAAGAUAAUCAAAUACUUGGAGGAGUGUGCACUACCCCAUUAAAAGAUUCACAUAUUUUUUAUGGGUCGUCAAAUGAUUUUUUGUUUUCGGCUUCCCCAGUUUUUAGAGUAAUCAGAUCGAGUAAUUUGGGUUCAAAUUAUAUUUAUUUAAAUAGUAAAAAUAGCUUUUACCCUAAGGGUUUAGGUUUCGGAGGCAGAACAGAAUGUUUUCGACUUUUUUUAAGUGAUGAAUUUAAAAAUUCAUAUUGUACUGAAUCGGAUUACACUUAUGAACGUGGUCAUUUAUAUUUCCCAGAUUACCAAAAAAAAAAUGAAAAAGAGGAUAAUGUUAAUAAUAAAGAAAAUGAUGGAAAUGACCCCCCAAAAAAUACUAAUAAAAAUACAGAUAAUUAUUAUAAUGAUGAUUUAAUAGAUGAAGAGUAUAAUGGUUCUUCAUUUUUAUACAAACUUUCUAUCAGCGAAGUUGAAGUAUGGGGAUGUGGUGAUAAAAAUUCAUUAGAAGAACAACUAUUAAUGCAAAGAACUGAAGAAGCUUCGAAACAAGAAAGAAGAAUGGUUGAUAAAACAAAAAUUGUUCAAAAUAGUUUUGAUAAAGAAUUUUUAUUUCCUAAAGUUUUUACUGGAGGGAAAUAUGAAAAGCUUUCUAAUGACACAUAG